GGACCAAUGACAUUACGCUAUCUUGGGAUCCUAGUUUCAUAACAUGCCCCCGCUCUGUCAAUCGRGUUUGUGUUCUUAUGCAAAUUUACUCUGCAAUAUUCACAGGAAAAACAGAAUUAGAGUCCUAAAACGUUCAUGAAUGUUUGUGGGUUUUUUGGGCUGUAUGUGAGCCUAGCGGAUCUAAGCUAAGCUUUAUGUCGUCGUCAAUGCCCUUGUACUACGCUGGCGUAGCAAGUGACGAUGACGUAUUAGAAGAAAUGUUGAAGAAAGACAAAAAACUGGAGCAUGGCUCAAGCUCUACGCUUGAUUUACAGAGGAUACUUGGAGUCAGUUACCAGCAAGUGUCCCUCAGCAGGGUCAAAAAGAUGACAGCUGCUGUAAUAACUGUAGUGGCCAUAAUUCUCUUCAUCAGUUUAAGCUUUCAUUCAGCAGCAACAUCCAAUGACGACACGCAAAUCAUUGCAUCUCCUACCUCCCCUAAGGCAGAAAAAUUAUCAUCAAAUCCCGACAAGCGUGUCAUCACAACUUCUUCUUCCGCGAGGCAWAACGGAUUGACAUUCACACAGACAACCAAAGAAAGCCCACGAAAAGCAACAUCCAAAAAGCUACAAWCGAAUAAGAAAAAGUUAAUACAAACAACGAAAAUAAUGAAUAAAAUAACUACAACACAUCGCUCUGUCAUUCCAAAAGAUCCAUUGCAGCAUACAAAGCUCACCACAACUAAAACUACAAUAACUUCAACAACAACAAGAAAACCUACGCUUGCCACUCAAAACCUGCAUCAUACAGAUAUCGUACCCAUUCCUACUCGGACACCAAGCAAGUUUGUUCUUGCAAUGAAUCCCAGCAUUCCUGCUACAGUAAAUCURAACUGUCACUCAUGCGCAGUCGUAACGAACUCAGCUGACCUUUAUAGGAGUAACGCGGGCUCAGUGAUUGAUUCAAGUGAUUGUGUGAUUCGUUUGAACAUCGCGCCUACAUUUGGUUACGAGGACGACGUGGGGGGUAAAACUACAGUGCGAGUCGUUUCUCAAGAUCAUCUUGGCGAUCUCUUACACUAUGUAUGGCGWGAUCCUGAAGAAAUACGUUCUCUCGGUUACAUCAUWACAUAUGGCAAAUACAAUCAUCUCUGCAAAAACUGUACGUUUUUUAAGUUAUUCAAGAAGGUUUCGGGGCAAUAUUUAGGUGAUAAGUUUAUACGAUUCACAGAGACUUUGAAGACCAAAACACACAGUCGUGAAGAAGUUCCUCUUUCAACACAAUUCCACGCCAUUGACAUCAUGCGUGACGUUUGCCGCAAGAUGAGAGUAUUUGGAGUGGAAAGAAAUCAUCCAUGUUUAAGCGACCGGUCGUAUAUGAAGAACUACUGGCAWCAUAACAAGUACAUCCGCUGCGAUGGACGUCGACAAAACAUCGUGGACGACAUACAUCGCUAUCGAUUCGAGAAAAAUAUAUAUGAUGAGUGGAUCGACAAAUAUGACCUGGAAUUCCUGUAUCCAUAGCAACCAUUCGUGUAAAUGACGUCACUACUUCUGUUAUGGCUUCCCAUCAUGCGUCUCACCAUGGAAUUUAUUAAUAUACUAUAUAUGGGCUUCCUGUCUUUUAAUUCCUUUAUCAAGACUGACAAAGGGAUCCCAUAUGUUCACUAACAUCUCUCGAUGGUAACACUCUUAUCGCACUUCCAKGCUUCUGUAUAGACUGAGAUGGGAGAAAAUCGCAGUAUUUGACAAGACGUAUUUAUUCUGUUUUGGUGACAAACAUUUUUCUACUUUCGUUAUGCUAAGCAAACGUAAAACAUAUACGUAAAACGRAAGGAGAAUGAACGUAAAACAUAUACUCACAACACAAUGUAGAAUAAACGAGACAUUUACGUACAACACAAUGUAGAAAAAACGUAAGACAUACGUAAAACAAAAUGUAAUAUCAACGUAAAACUUACACGUGAAAUACAAUGCAGAAUUAACGUAAAACUUUUACGUAAAACACAAUUAACGCAUUCUCAACGGGAUUCGGUUGCAAAAAAGCGGCUCAGUUUCACUCCAUCAUCCCUUUGCGACAUGUACAUGAUCUUUUAUGGCAGUAAAUGGUCAUGAUGGCCUUAUCCACUUAGUGGUACGUUGUUUUCUCUAAUAGACGCGGACAUCUUCGUCGUAAUCGCAGUGCGCCGUCGAUUGGAUGACCGCGUACUUUAGAUUUUAAGAUUUCAGAGAAGCAGGUCAAAAAUUGUCAUAUGAGAAAUGAAUUUGGACAUUUAAUGCAAAUAUGUGUGGACAUAGCGGACAAAAUUUGAAAAUACAUUAUUGUUCUAAUACAGUCAAUGUAUAUAUAUGCCGUUUUAGAUUGAGAAGUUCGGCAUUUAUUCGUCUGGGUGGAGCAAAUAACGUUAAAACGUGCCAUGUUUUUUUUUCUAGUUCUAUCGAGGGCUUAAAUAGAAAAUUGUCUGGCAUAACAAACAUACAAAUAUUCUGUUAUUACCACGUUCACUUACGAUAUGGGAUUUAUCGUGUUGACACGAUAUGGGAUUUAUCGUGAUGAGAAUUCGAUGGAGAAUAUAGUUAGUUUCGAAUAGAAAUGGCCAGUUUUACUUUUGUACAUGGAAGGUCAGUGUAAAUAGUGAAUUAUAUCAAUAAAUACUGAAAUAGGGAAAACAAUU